AUGCGCGAGAUCGUCCACGUUCAAGCCGGCCAAUGUGGGAAUCAAAUCGGCGCGAAGUUCUGGGAGGUCAUCUCCGACGAACACGGCGUACAGGCGGAUGGGCAAUACAAGGGCGAAUCGGACCUUCAGCGCGAGAGGAUCAGCGUGUACUACAAUGAAGCCAACGGCAACAAGUACGUCCCGCGCGCCAUCCUCGUCGACCUCGAGCCGGGCGCCAUCGACUCGCUCCGGGCUGGGCAAUACGGGCAGCUCUACCGCCCCGACAACAUUGUCCACGGCCAGUCCGGCGCUGGCAACAACUGGGCCAAGGGCCACUACACCGACGGCGCCGAACUCGUCGAAAACGUGCUGGAAGUCGUGCGCAAGGAGGCCGAGCACUGCGACUGCCUCCAGGGUUUCCAGCUGACCCACUCGCUCGGCGGCGGCACCGGCUCCGGCAUGGGGACGCUGUUGAUCUCGAAGAUUCGCGAGGAGUACCCUGAUCGCAUCGUGUCAUCCUUCUCCGUCGUGCCGUCGCCAAAGGUCUCUGUGACGGUCGUCGAGCCGUACAACGCCGCGCUCUCGGUCCACCAGCUGCUCGAGAACACCGACGAAACCUUCUGUAUGGACAACGAGGCGCUGCAUGACAUUUGCUCCCGCACGCUGCAGCUCAAGAACCCGGCCUACCCGGAUCUGAACCAUUUGAUCUCGAUGACCAUGUCCGGUGUCACGACGUGCCUCCGCUUCCCGGGCCAGCUCAACGCCGAUCUGCGCAAAUUGGCGGUCAACAUGGUGCCGUUCCCCCGCCUGCAUUUCUUCAUCACCAGCUUCGCGCCGCUGGCCGCCAAGGGGCUCUCGCAAUACAACGCUCUCUCCGUCGGCGAGCUGACCCACCAGAUGUUCGAUGCCAAGAACAUGAUGGCGGCCUGUGAUCCCCGUCAUGGGCGCUACUUGACGGUGGCGGCGAUGUUCCGCGGAAAGAUGAGCAUGCGCGAGGUUGACGACCAGAUGAACUCGCUCCAGAACAAGAACUCCGACCAUUUCGUCGACUGGAUCCCCAACAACAUGAAGACGGCCGUGUGCGACAUCCCGCCCCGUGGUCACAAGAUGGCCGCCACGUUCAUCGGCAACUCGACGGCUAUCCAGGAGUUGUUCAAGCGCAUCGGGGAGCAGUUCACGGCCAUGUUCCGUCGCAAGGCCUUCCUCCAUUGGUACACGGAAGAAGGAAUGGACGAGAUGGAGUUCACGGAAGCCGAGUCGAACAUCAACGACCUCGUCUCGGAGUACGCCCAAUACCAAGAGGCCACCCCCGAGGAUGAGGGCGAGUUCGAGGAGAACGAC